AUGCACUGGGGGCCAGGACAAGCCAUGCUGGGCAGCCGGCCCCGCGCCUGCCUGGUGUCCGGCCGCUCUGGGCCCCUGGGUGUCCUGUCCCCCUCAGAGCAUCCCCCCGGUUCAUGCAGCUCCAAGCGUGCGCCCUGGUCCUGCCGUGGGAACCCCGGGAGGGUCCGGGUGGGGACUGCCGAGGGCGAGCCGGGCGAGGACGCCAUCCCGCCGGGGUUGGGGGUCCGGCCUCCGGGGCAGCAGCGGAUCUGGCUCCCUUCCGUCCGGGCUGCCCCGUCGUCCAACGCCGUUGCUCUGCUUUCUCCGGGGCCUCCCACGACUCCUCACGCACUUGCUGCGAUCGCCGACAGCGUUCGUGCGCCCGUCGGUGCCUCUUCCUUCCGUAACCGGAGAAGCCGGGGUCCCCGUUCUCGCCUGUUGGGGGUCCCCAUCGCCUCAUCUCAAGCCUCGGGCUUGAGGGAGACACCGCUGUGCUUCUUCCCUGAGUCCCUGAGCUGUUUCCCCACCGGGUGCAUGAGCCGGCGAGGACCCCAGCUCUGGCCCCCCAGCUCUGGGCCCCCAGCUUCCCCCCGCGGCUGCGUGCAGGAGAAAGCUGCUGGGAGAGCCCUGGGGGCCGGCGGGCCGGCGGUCCCAGUGCUGUCCAACGGCAGCCCCGCCCUGAUGCAGAGGAGCUUUCUGAAACCAUGGCGGCUGCCGGCUCCCCCCAUUCUCCCGGUGCAGCCCACUUCCUCCUGGAAGUCUGAGCUCCGGUGGGGUCAGAGUGACCACUGUGUGGGGUGGUGCCGUGGAGCCUGGGGACCGGCCGCGGGGCCCUGCUCUGAGCCGCGGCAGACCGGCGGCGGCCACGCCCGUCCGGAGGCUGCCAUCGCAGCCCAGGACCCUCGGUGCAGCCCUCGUCCUCGGGGCGGACAUCCAUCCCGAGGGGCGUCCCUCAGGCCCUGGAGGCGGCCACUGGAGCCCCUGGAGGCGACAGGGAGCCCCUGGCUCUGUCCCCGGACGGACCGCUGGGUCGUCCACCUGGGGCCGGAGCGACCCGACGCCACCACCCAGCGCUGCACCCAGGUCCUCCCCACCUGCCGCUGCCCCAGCCUCGCCCUCGCCCUCGCCCAUGGGUGCACCCCUGCACGCACGCGGGUCCCAGCGAGCGGCACCAUGGGACGGGGCACACUCAGGCCUCAGCCAGAGGCCCCCCGAAUGCGGGUGCUCAAGCCCAGCGACAGACAGGUGCCCACCACCGUGGGCACGGAAGCCCCGACGCCCGUGGGGACCCCGUGCGGGGGCUCUCCCGGCGGAAGUGCUCUGGGGCCACAGCGAGCCUCCGUCCAGAUCGUCCAAGACCUGACGCCGAAGAAGGAAACCCAGAGCCCGCGGCCCCCGGAGCGGCACGGACCUCGCGCACAGCCACACCGAGACACAGACCAGCCUGAGGAGGAGGAGGAGGAGGAGGAAGGCCCCUUGGGGACGCGGCUGAGCCUGGUGCCCAGAGGUGGCAUCGGCUCCUCCCGCCUGGAGGCCCCUCGAGGGGCCCUCAGCCCUCUCCGGGGUCCCCAGCAGCCUGCUCCCCGCCCCCCGGCUGAUGCCCACGGACCGUCACUCGGGAGACACCGGCGGCCUGUGCGCCGCGGCCCGCAGCGGUUCCCCGGAGAGGAGCGCGGGCGAGACGGGGCCCUGGGGGCCUGGAGGGGCAGAAGGACCCCGCCCCGGACGCCCCGGGAGUCCGAACCUGACUCUGCCGCCUCCGGGGCACCCCAGGCCAUCCCCCCGCGCACGCAGAGCGCCGGAGCCCCGGGCGCGCCGUGCCAGGGAGAGGGACCGCGGCGGCCCGCGGCUGCUCACCGAAGCUCUCCGCGGGCGGGCGGCGGCGUCCGACGGUCCCGCUCGGCCAUUGCAGUGGCGCUGCGGCGGGCGGGGGGCGCGCGUCACCGCGGGCGGGCGCCCCAAACCCAGGCCCUCCCCCGACACUCCCUGCCGCCGGCCGUGCGGCUCCGCGGCACCCCGGCCCCACCUCUUCCUUCUCUGCUCAUCGCGUUCUCCCACGGAGCGGAGCGGGGCUUGGGGUCGCUUCGGAUCGGAAAACGCCUCCGCGGAGAAGCUCCGCGGCUGCUGCGCGGGGCGCGCGGAGGGCGGGGACGCCGGCGGCGGCCCGGCGCCCGCCCUGACCCGCACCCAAUGAUGAACCCCCGUUCACGGCCCGGGUUACUCACCCCCGUUUCGCGCGGGAUGUCGGCAGCCCGGCGGACUCGGGCGUUUUGUCGGUUAACCCGUGGCUCCCCGUCUCCCGGCGCCGCCUCGCACCGCCCCGGCGAGAGGGGCGCUCCUGCGGACUCGCGGGGGGCACGUCCUGUGUGGCUGCUCCGAAUCGCGUCCCGGAGCGCGGGCGAGCCCGGCCUCUGGCGCGGGGCCCACCCUGCCCGCCGCCGGGUGCUCCGGGUCUGGGGUCCACCGGCAAAGCGGGGGGGAGCCCACGCCCACUCCGGAGAGUAG